AUGGCAGCAGGAGCAGUAGCAGGUCUCAUCCUAGGCCUAUUGCUCGGAGUAGCAGCCCUAUUAUCCGCUGUUCUCGCUUGCGCAGGUCGAUCCGAGUCUGAAUCCGAUCUACCUCUGCACAACCUAAACAACACUCUUCCCGCUGCUGCUGCUAAAGCUGGCAAUGCUCCCAAAAAGGACAAGAAGGAUGGUGGUGGGGAUCAGAAGAAAGACGAGAAGAAGGAUGGCAACAGUCAGCAAGGUGGGAAGCAGGACGAGAAGGAAGAUGAGAAGAAGCAAGAAGGUGGCGGAGGCGGAGGCGGAGGCGGAGGAGGGAAGAGAGGAGGCGGCGGUGGUGGAAACCAGAACCAAGACAAAGGGAACGAGAGGAAACAAGCCGACCAAAAGGACACGCCUCCUCCCGCCAAAGCCGACGAUAAAAAGGGUAACCAACAACAGCCCAAGAACGAUGCCGAUGCUAAGAAAGACGAGACAGCCAAAGCUACAGAUCAUAAAGACUGCUGCGAGACACGCAAGCUUUCGCUUCAUGGGACGGUAGAGCUUGUGCAGAUGUUGAAGGACCUUGGUGUCGCUUCACCUGCUGCUCCGACGGCAGCGGAGAAAGGCAAAAAGAAGGAAGAAGCCGAAGAAGAAUACGACUGUGCAAUGUGCCUAGCAUCACACAAACACAAGCCGUCGACAUAUACGAGUGACAACCAUCAAAGAUGCGAACACCACCACCACCACCACCACAACCAUGUCAAGCAGCAUCAUCAUCAACAAAAUUCGGUCGGUCACCAUGCUCGUGCGCACCAUGAUGCUGUGGCAAAGCAUUCGCACAGCACCUGUUCGCAUCGUGGUCACCCGAGUGCACCAAAGUAUGGAGCUCGGUACGAUUCGUAA